UUUAAAUUAAAAACACAUCUUUGCAGUUUGAAUAUAAUGGCUUGGCUUUGUAAUGAAUAGGUUUAUCUAAAUAUGGCUCUUGUUGAUGGAUAUGGUAAAAUACUAUCCUGUUGACAUGUCAUUCUGAGACUUAUAAUUAAGAGACUACGCCAAUUGGCCCUCUCCCGCCCAUACAUAAUAUUCUGAAACCAGAUGUUUUUCUGCCCACUAAGUGGGGCGUGGGAGACUGUGAGAACCCACAUACUUUCGUCAUCUCCCUAUUUGCUGGUAAAAUAACUGAUGGAGCAUUGUCUCUUCUGACCACACGAGCUAGGACUACUCUGCUCUUGACAUUGCAUCUGAGGAUAGUAUAAUGAAUCCACUGAGCUAUAACAGGUCAGCAGAGGGCAGUGUGAUGAAUCUGCUAAGGGAGAAUCUGCUGCUGGCCUUCUAGUUCUAGAGUGGCGAAUGCUGGAUCAGCCAGUGAGGGAAGGUUCCAGCAGCUGGGAGGAUGGUUGGAGAUGUGGGGGAACAGUCACUAAGGCAGCAGCCGAGGGCGACCGAACUGGGGUUCCUGGAAUUGCUUGUGCACAGUUUAAGAACAACCAGACUCAUGUAGAUAAGAACAUGCACAUACAAACACACACAUCACACUAUGCCUGACUCUGUAACCCCCAUUUCUCUCCAGCAACGGAAACUAGCCUCCUGCAAGGCCGCUGAAAUCACACGCUGCUCAUCUAAGAGGCAGCCUUAUCCUAUCAUGCCCCUCUCCAGAGGGGUUUCAUAGAGAGAAUGCUAGUUACAUAGAGCGAAUCGACUGUUUAUCGGCCUUCAACUAAUAAGAAGCUGAGAUGACCGCCAAACUUCAAAAGGCAGAAUCCCAUAAGGCCGUUGCUUUGACUAGAUUAAUCUGUUAAGUUUACUAAAGUAGUGAUUUCCAGACUCCUGUGAGUUGGAAAAGAAUGGACUCCAAUGCUGGAGCUGCUAGUCCUACUGGGCCCAGACAUCUGGCAGUGGUGGAGACCUAGCAAUGGAGCUAACUCAGUUACUGAAGUUGUCAGGCCUGUCAUUUAAAAACCAUCUUGCUAUGAGGAUGAUCCAAGAACUAACGCUUCCUUCCAAAUUUCUUUGAGAUGAUGAUGCUCUGCAUUCAGUUUGGGAUCUGCUAAUGACCUGGGAGUCAGGAGACCUGGGUUCUGGUUCCCAGUUCUGCCAGACAUCGUGAAUGAACUUGGUCGAGUCACUUUACUACUUGAUGACUCGGCUUCCCCAUCUGUAAACUAAUAAUGACUACCAUCACAGGGAAGUUGAGGCCUAACCAAUGUCUGCGCAUUGAAAGGCGUGGAAAAAGGAGUAUUUUGUUAGUUGGUCUGAGCUGCAAUACUCCAAAAACCAAUGUCUUUGAUUGAGAAAAGGGUGGCUGGAUUUUUUUUGUUUGUUUGUUUGUUUUGGAGGGUACACUAAAUAAUAAUUACCAGUAUUUUAUUGUGCGAGCAAAGAAGACUGCCUUUGCCAAUUUAGUCUGCCUGGACAGGGAAUAAAUCUGGACCAUGUCCUGCCAUAAUGCUGCUAUCACAAUCAGCACAUCAUAGGCUACCUGCUCUUGGUGAGUAGAUAUCCCAAGGAAGAAGAGCCUUCAAAGAAAGGUGAUCUCUGGCUGGGAGGAGAAUGGGAAAUGUGCAUUGCUCUUUAAGAGUGUGGUCCACUGAGGAUGGGGUUAAGCAAUAUGGAGGUGAUAGAGCCUGGUUCAGACAUCCCAGAAGACUCUCACAUUCUGUGGUGGCAGUAAUGGGGUGGGGGUCCUUUGUCACUAACUGAUAUCAAAGAACACGGGGAGUUCAUAGCAUAUAGUGUUAUAAAAAGUCUCCUUCUGUAGUUCCAGGAACUAAGGAAGCUCAGCAAUUGAGACGUUCUUCACUUCUGUUUGCCAUUUUCCUCUGUGGCAGGGAAGUUGAGGGCUAUGGAGGACUCAUUGAAAAGCACCCAGAUUAUCCAAACUCUGCCCAUCCCCCGUUUGGCAUGGAACUUCUCAUGAAUUUAUCACAAAAGGGUUUCCUUUCUUCAGAGGCCUGUUAAAGUCUGAUGCUCCCCUGCAAGUGCUGUUGAUUAAGGAGACAAGUGACUUUGCCAGUUCUAUUGAUCAGAAUAAAUUACUAGCAACUAAUUUAUGGACCUCGCAGAAGUGCCUUUGAUGUGGUGGGCUGUGCUCUAUUGUUCAGUAAAUUGGGUUGUCAGAAAAAGUUAUUGUUACGGUUAUUGUUACAUUUUAUUGUUACAGUUCUCUCCCAUAGCAGUAUUGGCCAGCCUCACAGAAAUGAUGAAAAUCUCUUCUCCUACCAGCAGAAUGUCAUGAUGGGUCUGAGUAAGAGGGUGAUGAACUCUCUCCCUACCAGUAGUGACUGUAAAAAGGACAUCCCCAGUGCUCUAUAUUUAUUGGCCAUCCAGGCUUUCUGUAAAGGCUAAUGACCUUUCUUGGACUUGCAAGCUCAGGGAAUUUGCUAGUGACCAGCGAUUGCAGGUUGGGCUUGGCAUCUGCAGAACUGCUGCUUAGUACAGUCUCCCCAACAAUGAGAUUCUGAAGUCAGAAUUUUGCUAGUAAAUGGGUUGAUGAUGCUUGAGGCAGAAGAGAAUCUAGCUUGCUCUUCAGUGGAUAUAAGCUGCAAGGUUGAGGAUGGCAAACUGAUUUUUGCCAGUCAACUAAGAAGAUAUGAUUCAUUUUAAAAAAAAAAAAAAAAAAAACACAUGGGCAGCAAAGAGGUGUUUGUUUAUGGUCAGCUUCCACACUGGAAGGAUAUGACAUUUGCAGAAGCAAGAAAAUUACUGGCAAAGAGUCCUCCUAAGCCGAAAUGGAAAAGCCGUGCAACAAAUAGACACACAUAGGGGUGGCAUGUGGCUAGGCCUUCAUGUUGGAGAGCUCUUAUUAGGAUACUUCCUUGCUUUUGUUUUAUUGCAAUGCUAUGAAAUGAAAAUGUUCAUGUUGCGAUUACUGCAAAGAAGCCUUUUUGGUUAAUAAUAAUAAUACAUUUGUCUUGCUGGAGAUGUCUUCCUUCCUCUGUUGUUUUUUGCAGGUAUGUUAUUUAUCUAGGUUCCCUUUUUGAUGCCCCUCACUGUGAGCUUUUGAGCACCUCCAAAGAAGAAUGAUGUCAAUGAUACCUCAUUAUUACUUACCUAUGGGAAAGAGUCAGGACGGGGAGUGGUCUUUUAAUUAUUAAAUUUAGAAAAAUGGGAAUACUGGCAGAAGGCUGGAGUUGCAGAAGAGCUUGGGAGAACAAGUGGGUUUGGCCUUUAGCUCUUAAGAAAUUGAGAUUAGUGGUGGUUCUUAUUCCAGCUGAUAGUGAGUACUGUAGCCUGGGUCCAGCUGCUGUGAAGUUCUGUCCACCAGGAGGAGUGUAGACAUUCUUCCCUGCAUCCCACAACCCAUUUAGUUUAAGAAAGAGAAGGAUAUAGAGUGACUGGAUCACAGUCUGUAAGUACACCGGACCCUCACUAGAAUGCAGGAUUUGGGAUCCAUGUGUGGGGACCACGUUAAAAUUAAUUGCAAUUAAAGUAAUUAAAUUUGGGAUCCAUGGCCACAACCAUGUUCCAUGCAAAUUCGCAUUAUAUAGACGCACGUUCUAGCGAGGGUCCGCUGUACCUAAGUGAGGAACAAAAAUUUGAUAAGAGAGGGCUUUUCAGUCUAGCAGCCAAAGGUCGAACGUGAUCCAAUGGCUGGAAGUUGAAGCUAGACAAAUUCAGACUGGAAACAAGGUGUAAAUUUUAACAGUGAGGGUAAUUAGAAUUGGAAUAACUUCCCAAGGUCAUGGUGAAUUCUCCAUCACUGACCACUUUUAAAUCAAGGUUUGGUGUUUAUCUAAAAGAUCUGCUCUAGUUUAGGGUAGUGCUCUGGCCUGUGCUAUGCAGGAGGGCAGGCUAAAUGAUCACAGUGGUCUUGGAGUCUAUGAAUCUCUCCCAUUUGCCAGAAUUGUUUACUCUGCUCCCUGCUCUGCUGAGCACAGAAUGCUGCUGUGAUCAGUUCUAAACCCUGGCAUGAUCAACAGAGUACCUGCCAAUGUGGCGCCACAGUCUGGUGUUCAGUGCGCUGGUGCAGGGGGUUCUGUGUCUGGAGAUAAAUUCCAGAUGGCUCUUGCAGAAUACACAGGAGCCCUGCUGUUCUCUGGCCAAGGGGUGGGGGGGGGGGCUCCAAAACUGUAUUCACACAUGAAAACAAAGCUUAUAACCCAGCUGGAAGUGCAGUUCCCCACCGGGGCCCUGGAACCCAGUGCUGAGCACAAUCGGGUAGCUGUUUGUAUCUGGUUAGCUCUGGUAAAGUCCUCUCUUAGGAGAUGUGUGCAGCCUUGAUUCCCAUCGGGCUGGUGCUCAGCACCUCACAGGGUUGCUCUCCUAGAGGCCUGUGCUGCCUAAUUUAGGGUUUGGUCCUGCUCCCAAUGAAGGGAGGUUUGCCACUGAUGCGUGCUGGAAGUGUGAUCGUGCCUGUAGAUUGUAAGCUCUUUGGGGUCGUGCCCACGUCGCUCACCAGGAAUCAUGAUCCGUCCGCAAGUAGGCGUCUGUGUCUGUGUAUGUAACUCAGGCCCUGCAGUGAGAGGUUCCCUGCUGUGCCGUCAGCUGACAUGUACCUCAAGCACAAGAGGGAAGUUAUGAGUGAGACAGCUGGUGGGAUAGCGUCUCUCCAGCGGGUUCAGACUGGACUCUGCUGCUAGCAGAGAGAGCGUGGGUGGACAGUGCAGUCCUGCCCUUGCUUGCGUGGGAGGUCUGUGAUCCUUAGAACGCCCCUGCUAAGUUACUGUUAUCAAAUGCUCCCAUUGUGGUCACAUUCACCUACAGAACAGCUCCUUCAAAAAGCACAACAAUGGGCUCCUGUUUAUGCAGGAUUCCGCUGGCGCUGCCCUGUCUGACUGGGAGACCUUUGAUAUUUUGGCUGGCAGACUGGUUGGCUGUGCCCUGCCUGGUAUUCCCUCGUGAAAGCCGCAAUAGGCUGCCCUUUUACUGAAAGGCACUAUCCUGUCUCCCACCCAUUUACAAAGCCAGGCAUCACUGAAAACACUGUUAGCUGGAAGAUCCAUCUUCACCCUCGGUGAGCAAGCAACACCCGAAGCCUUCCUUCAUUGGAGUCCAUCCUACCAUCUGAUUCUGCAACUCUGCAGCUUGACAGGUGUUAGGAUUUCUAGCUGUACUACACCUGCUGAGCGAGGGAGCUUUACUCUGCACUUGUGAAAGCCUUUGACACCAGUAGCAGAGAGAAGCUGUGAAACACAAGAGUGGUCAGACUGUGUUGGGCUGAUAUCUCUGGUGGCUCCUCAUACUGCAGAAACCCAUUUAAAGAGAUAUGGAUCUUGAAAGAAUCAUUCGAGACUCUCUGACACGCUUCAUCCAGUCCCACAUCCCUGAUGCCGAUCUCAGCGGGAUGGAUGAAGUUUUCUUCUCCUACAUCGCUAGUGUCCUGGAAGAACUAGGCUCACCAGAGUCGUCCAAGGAGAACUUUGAUAUGGACAUGUUUGUGGAAAUGAUGGAGGCGUAUAUCCCUGGCUUUGCAGAAAUCAACAGCGGGAACAUUUGUGAAAUGAUGUUUGCCCUCUCAGAAAGGCUCAGUGAAGCUCGCAACAAAGGAAAGGUUUGCCAAAAGGCUGCGGAGAGUGCGAGCAGUGCCCCUGCUGAAGAGCUGAACCAGAGUGAUGAGCAGGGGGCAGGAGCUUCUGAUGAGGGGAGGCUGCAUAUACCAGCAGAGGGAGCCAUGGCUCAGGGAGCAGAAGGUGACCCGAAGGAUGGGGUGGAGCUGCUCCUGGAGAUGUUCCCAGCCUGCACCCUCAGCCAGGCUCAGAAGGCACUAGCCAUGGCACUGGGAAAUCUGGACGAGGCGGUGCAAUUACUGGUGGAGGAGGUGGUGGAACCUGGCCCAGGGGGCGCUAACGUGAAGGAGACAGCAAGGCCCCACCGAGCGCCCAAACAAGACGACCUCAAACAAUUUAUCUUACAGAAAUACAUGAUGGUGGACAGCGAGGAGGACCAGAAAACACACAGGCCGGUGCCGCCAAAGGAGGCUCCCAAGAAACUGAUCCGCUACAUUGACAACCAGGUGGUGAGUACAAAGGGAGAAAGGUACAAAGACAUUAAAAAGCCAGAGAGCGAGGAGAUGAAGAGAACUUACAUCAGCCUCAAGCCAGCCAAGAAAUACAAAUUCCACUGACGGACAUUCCCUCCAAGGCAUCUUCCUCUGCCUUGCUGGCUGAGGCAUGGAGGAACAGACCAGGGAGGCAGGAAGGAUGAGAGGGGCCUUCUACACGCCUCUGACUGGAACUAACCUACCACUAGGAGCCAGCAUGCUGCUGUCAGCCUCUAAUUAUAGCAUGAUGUCCCAGAGAAGCCUGUUCAGCAACGCUGUUUGUGUAACCUUCCAAACUGUCCCUCCGCAGCCAGGAGCCAGCUGUCACUAUGGCAAAUUUGACCAACACAGCUGCUGUGUGUCCUGGACCUCUCUGCCAUUCUUUGCAUGGGGAUUUUUUAUAGCUAAUGUGUGGCUAGUGCAGUUCACAGCUGUCUUUUUAAAUGUGCGUGCAAUGGUGUUUCUGUUGAUCGUGACUGUUAGUAAAAAUGGCGUGUAUCAGUGUG